AAUCAAUUCAAACUCUACAUCUUCCACCACAGUUAUCUAGUUCCAAUAUUCAUUGCUCCAUGUUUCCCACGCCAAAGCCAAACUCUACAUCUUCCUCUUCCCCUCUUGCUUCUGCAGUGCCAGAGUUGGUUCACUCAUCUAAAUCAAUUCACCACCUAUUUGCUUUAAUUUCUUCUCUCCCUGUAAACAUAAUCACCUUCUUUGUUCUCUCAAACCACUUCCCUUUGCAAUUGAGUACUUGCAUAUUUUGUGGAAAAUGAAAAGGAAGCAAAGUCAGGGUAAUGGUAGUCCAUCUCAAAUACUAGCAACAAAACAAGGCACACCACCACCAUCACAACCAGAAACAGAAACAGUCAUGGAUCUUAUUCAUGUGGGUGAGGACAAUGAAAAUAACAGAGCUAUAUCUUCUGAUCUUGAGAAAAAUGAAGUUGCCCCAUUUUCAAAGAAGAAGAAGAAGUCUAAAGUUUGGGAUGAUUUUCAAUUGAUUGAAGCACAUUUGAAUGAUGAUGGUUUGGAAAGAGACAUGGCAACCAGCAUGAAGGCUAAAUUUGAGAAGUACUGGGAUUCUUAUAGCCUUAUUCUUACUUUUGCCAUAAUUUUGGAUCCUCGUUAUAAGUUAUCUUUUGUGACAUAUUGUUACAAGAUACUAAAUAAGGAAACAUACACUGCCAAGGUCAGUCAUGUUACUGAUAGAUUGUAUCAACUUUAUAAUGAAUAUGCAAUGGAGGGUAGUAAGUUGGAAAGUGCAAAUAAUGCCACAAUGCCUACAACUACUGUGACUGAAGUUGUUGGUAAUAAAGAUCGAUUAAUGGAGGGCUUUGAAAAUUUUGAUAUGAAAAAAGUGCACACCUCUCAAUUACGUCAAUACUUGGAGGAAGGUAGGCAAUCACACCGACAACCUUUAGAUAUCCUUGAGUUUUGGAAAAAAAAUGAAAAGCGUCUUCCAAACUUGGCUAGAAUGGCAAGAGACAUUCUCUCUAUCCCAAUUACAACUAUAGCUAGUGAAUCUGCUUUCAGCAUGGGUGGGCAUGUCUUGACAAAAUUAAGAGGUUCUCUUUUACUAGAAAAUGCAGAGGCUUUGAUAACAAGCCGCACUUGGUUGAAUGGAUUUCAAAAGGAAGGUGACAACACUGCUACUGGUCAUGCUGAAGAUGAGGUGCUGGGAUAUGAAUAUCAAUUUAGUGGAAGUUCUGCUGUUGCUAAUAACUAGUGAGCUUGGAAUGGAAAUAUUAUCUUAAGGAGAAGUUUCAACAUUUGGAUUAGAGAUUAUGUGAUUUCAAACUAGUGACUUCAAAGUUCAAAUUUUAUAUUUUGUGAAAUUUUAAUAAUUUUAGUUUAGUACAAUUAUUUUUUAUUUCUUGAAUGACAAUUUGGUAUUGUUAGAUAAAGUAUUGUUAUGACU